UUGACUUGACCAAUCAAUCACUCGACAACUUCCCUCGGAAGGAACGUGCUUUGGAAGGGAGAAAGCGAAAUUCUUUUCUUGUUAUCCGUCGAGUUUCUGGGAAAAUGGAGGCCUCUGGUUCGAACGGCGCGUCGAUUGUCACCGACGAGAUGGCGCUGAGGGGUUUGCUGGAGGCGUUCGGGCCCGCGUUUUCUCUCGAUCAAAUCGCUUCUGCGUAUUGCAAGGCGGGGAAGAAUGCUGAGGACGCCGCCGAAGCUCUGGCUCUCUCUGCACCCGAUGGCGGAGAAACUUCCAGAUUACCUGUCAAUGGUAUCUAUAAGAAGCCGCCGUAUCAGGCAAACGGGAAUGGGAAUGGGAAUAUGAAUGGGAACGGGAAUCCCGGAGCUUCAAAGCCGAAAUAUCGGCCGGUUUCAGCUGGCAGCGUCUCGAACAUUAUUGGGAAGCAUUAUGUUAAGAAAACGUCGCCGACACCGGCAAAUGGGUCUAGUGAAGCAACCAAGCCGUUGAAGCUGAACUCCAGUGUGUUGCCAAUGUCAGAAAUUUGGGUCGAAAACGAUGGGUCUAGUUCUUCAAAGGAUGAUCGGCUCCACCAGGACAUGGAGGAUUUUCUGUUCAGUAUGCUUGGAGUUGGGUUCAAGCUAGAGAGGGAUCGGAUUCGGCAAGUUCUUGAUAGUUGCGGAUAUGAUAUGGAAAAGAGCAUGGAAAAACUGAUUAAUCUGCCAGCAUUGACUUCCGAAAAAAGGAACGAACUUGUUGGAAAAUCCAGUGAGAAGUCUGCAGAUUUGUCCCUGAAAUAUAAAGUAUCCUCCGACAGAAAAUCCAAAAACUACACCGAAGGUAACAGAGAUAGGGCUUCAAAUACAAAUGGAGCAGAAGUUACUGAACAGCAAAAGGAGAGAAAUGAUAUCCCGAAGGAUAUUCUGGCUUCCCUGUUUGGUGCUUCUGAGGGAACCGAGGAGACACCAGUGGAGCGACCAAGAAGUAAAAUAAAGGCAGGGAGUAGAUAUGGAGCAUAUGGACACCUAGUUGCUGAACCUCCGCAAGAUUUCACUUCAGAGUACAAGUCAGCUGUUGUGUAUCAACAGCAUCAUGUCGAGGAUGACGCAGAUGACGAAGAUAGCUACCAGGGUCUCCGUAAGUCUUGGAAGGAGUAUCGGAGUACGAUGAACGACUAUUACCAGGCUGCUGUAGCCGCAUUUGCUAAGAAGGAUCGUGAUCAAGCUUACAAACUUCUAGAACAAGGACGUUUUUUCCUCGAAAAGGCGUGUGAAGUAGAAGAGAAGUCGAAUGAAAUGAUUCUUAAACCUAGAAAUGUUGAGACACAAGGUGAAAUAGUGCUUGACGUGCAAGAAUGCGGUGCCAAGGAGGCAAUACGUCUUUUGAAGUGUCAAAUUUCCUCAUUUUCUGGUAUCUCAUCAAUCAAGUUUCUUAAGGUCAUAUGUGAUACAAAAGAGGAAGAUAUCUCAAAGGGGUCUCGAAGACGAUCAUUGAUUUUGAAGCUACUGCAGGAAGAAUCGAUUAAGUGGACCGAAGGAGAAAAUGCUGGAACAAUACUAAUCCACUUAGACAGUGUUAAUCGGAGACAAGUAACUUUUGUCAAGAAGAAGUGAAAUAAAGUGCUUUCUCGAAAAGGUGCUUAUGAGAUUGAGAUUUAGGGAUGAUCGACAAUCAAAUCGUUGAAGGAGAGAGUAAUGAACUUUUGGGAAAUGUGAUUUAAGAUUUGAAAGGAGUUGGAGUUGAUUUUUGUUCCAAUUUAUUGGGUCUACUUUCUUUGAGUUAAUGAAACUCUUCAAUUACCAAAGAAAAAAGAACAGGCAUUUGCAUUGUAAUGGCUUUGAACUAAAGUUUAUUUCUUCUUUUGGUUGAAAAUCUUGGUUCAUCUUUUAUCUUUCUUGUCA